AUGUUAUUCCCAAUUUUCUUUUCUAUUUUCAUUACCACAAUGCUCAUUUUAGGUCUGGCAGUCAAUGCCUCCAUCACCAUUUUUAUUUUGAAAGCCUGGUCAAGAGACGGAAAACUAAAGCCCAAUGAUAAAAUCCUAACCGCCUUGUGCUUCAUCAGGUUCUUCUUGCAAUGCAACUUCAUUACGGAAAUCUUUGGAAUGUGGCUGGAACUUAUCCCUCUGUCGGAGUAUAAACCGCGCUGUAUCUUCUACUUCAUCCAGCUGUUCAUGGACUUCUUCAGCCGCUGGCUCAGCGCUUGGCUGGCCAUGCUCUACUACGUGAAGAUCACUAUCUUUAAAAAUCCUUUCUUCCUACAGCUUCAGUCUCUGAUUCCCCGAAUCACCGGAUAUGUGAUCUUUAUAUCCGUGUUCAUUUCCUUUGUACCGGGACUGAUUUAUUCCCUGAGUGCUAAACAGGGAUUUUGUGAGGAUGCCAAAGGCGUCAAUGUGACAACAAACACGGAUGAGUUACUGGCUUUCCGUAUCAUUGCCUUUUUCUUUGGACACAGCUUCCCCUUCAUGCUAGAGAUGCUUUCAUCCAUAUAUCUCCUCUGCACCCUGUUUGCCCACAUCAGACACACCGAAUCCUACAUUUCCAACUUCACGGCGCCCAACAUGGAAGCCCACUGGACUGUUAUUAGGUACAUUUUUCUAAUGAAUCUCUUGUCAAUGUGCAAUUUCUUUGGCAACUUUUUUCUCUGGUCCUUCAUCUCCAGUUUUAUUGGAAGAGCCGUUGGAUACUUUCUAGCUUUCUCUUAUCCUACCUUCCAUUCAGUUGUCCUCAUAUUGUCCAACCCAAAGAUGAAAAGAGAAGUAGUCAACAUGUUCCAUUGUGCAACAAAACUCUGGAGUUUCAGCAAGCAAGAACCAGGGACGGUUACCCAAUGA